AUGUCUGAUAUGGAAUUGAAAUAUUGCGAUUUAAUCGACUUCUCAAAAAUGUGUGUGCCUGAAUACAACAUGCCUGAGUUUAGUGAUCGAGUUUUGGUGUUCGAUGUUAUGCGAGACGAGUGGGAAACUGCAAGUCUUGUACAAAGUUCUGCUAAUACUGCUGAGCCUGGUGUAUCACACUCUGGCGACUCAAUUGAGACCUCUGGUGACUUAAUUGAGACCUCUGGCAGCAAAAGAAGUCUGGAGAUAGCUGAUGAAGGGCCGGAACAGAAACGAAGAAAGAAAAUCGAGCCAAACAACGAAACUCGGGUUGAAUUGUUAGUGGCAGAUUCCGGAAGCGAAACAGAACCAACCUGCGAACAGAUAAAUGCUGAUUGCGAGAUUGAGAUUGGAAGCGCAAUGGAAAAUAAAAGUCACGAACCAGCCUGCGAACAAGCAGAAAAUAAGAAGCUUGACAAGCCUUCAACCUCACCACUACAUCCUUCUACAGAAGGCGUGCCUGAAAAAGCCGCAAUUCUUGAUUGUAACGGAAUACAGGAAAAUUUGAAUGAAUCACUACGACAGCACAAGAUUUAUGUGCACGGCCUAUGGCUUGCUGUUCAAAGUCCAUAUUUUCGGUCACUUUUACACUCAAGUGGCAUGAAGGAAACACAUGAUACAGAAGUUCACCUCAAAAUCCCAGAAUCAGAAGAAAAAGCGCAUCUCGUCCUCCUCGAGGCCAUGUACUGCAGCGAUGUGCUGAAUGACAAAUCAGUGGACGAACUGCUGGACGUGUUAGAGUUGGCUGACAAAUACGAUGUGAAGUUUGCUUUCAAGAAAUGCAAAUAUGUUCUUCAACAGAAUGCCACUACGUUUGAAAUCAGCAGAAAAAUAAUGCAUGUGAUAAAAGUGAAACAUAACAUGAACGAUAGUGAAGAUUUGGCAGUAACUUUACAGUUGGUUCUUGCCCAGGAGUUUAGCCCUUUAGAUGAAAACUGGCAAUCUGAGAAAUUUACCAGUCUGCCAGAACCGUCUGUGAAGUAUCUACUACGCAGUGAUGACUUGAUUGUCCAAUCAGAGAACACCGUAUUUCAUGCUUUGAUGCAUUGGAUGGAGCAAAACGAUGUUGAUCCUGCUGGUUUGGAAGAGACGAAUGAUCUGCUAGCUGCUGUACGGUUCAAGUUAGUUACAAUUGACUAUCUUUAUAAUGUUAUCAAGAACCAUCCAAUUGCCUUGAAGAUGCCAAAGUUUAGUGAGCUUUACCUCGGCGGUAUGACACAUCAUGCAAUUCCCGUAGAACAAAAAUCUUUGUUGGAAGAACCGCCUGUAUUAAGAAAGGAACACAAAGGAAAUAUUAUUCAGCACACGUUUGUUGUUAAGAAAGAGGAUUACGCCGAGACAUCGUCAGGAGGAGCAGUUGAGUUAAUUUCGGAUGAGUUUUGGGCAUGUGGUUACAAGAUGAGUGUACAUCUUUCAAUUUGUUGUUCCAGUUAUAGUUUUCAUUAUUCAGACUUGUCAAUGAGUGUUCAUAAUUUAAAUAAGGAAAGUUUGGUUCCUCUUAAAUUUGCAUUUUUGAAAAAUGGAACCACCAUGAGCCUGCAGGAAAAAACGUUUAAUCAGAAACAGUUAUCAUGCGCAGAACGUUGUCGAAAUUUAAAAUUACAAUCGUCAGAUUUUAGUAACGAUGAUACAUGCAAGUUGUGUAUUGUAGUAGAAGUUUCGUAA